AUGUUGGAAAAAAAUGUUACAUGCCGAGAGUACUACAGUUAUGUGCUUCAGAUUCGACAUAAUGAUCAAUUUGUAUUGUUAAAAUCGGGUCGACUUUUACAACAGUAUGCUGUAGACAAUUAUGUAAAGAUUGAAACAGGAAGGUUGAGAUGGAUUCGAAGAAAUCAAAAUAAUAUUCGGUCUGAGGUAUAUCAGGGGUUACAAGAUGCAUUGCACGAUGGGGAGAAUAACGCAGAUAAUGUUGGACAAAGGACAAUAUUACCAUCAUCAUUUAUUGGAAGUAAGCGAGACAUGACACAAAGAUAUCAAGAUGGUAUGGCUAUUGUUCUUAAUGAUGGUAAACCAUAUAUAUUCCUUACAAUGACAUGCAAUCCUUCCUGGAUUGAGAUAACUUCCGAAUUAGGAAUCCAUCAAACUCCACAAGAUCGACCUGAUUUGCUAACAAGAAUUUUUCGAUCAAAAUUUGAGCAAUUGAAGGAUGAUGUCAUUAAUAAAGGAGUCUUAGGGAGAGUUAGAAGUUAUAUGUAUGUAAAGGAAUUUCAGAAACGUGGACUACCACAUGUUCAUAUGCUACUCAUCUUGGAUACUGAUGACAAGUUACGGGAACCUGAAGAGUAUGAUAGUGUGGUGAAAGCAGAAAUACCACAACAUGAGUCUGAGCCAGAAUUGUAUGAAGCGGUGUUAAAACACAUGACCCAUGGUCCAUGUGGAGUAUUGAAUCAAAAAUCUCCAUGUAUGAAGAAUGGUCAUUGUAAAAAAAAAGAUACCCAAAAGAAUUUUGUGAAGAAACGCGUCAGGGAAAUGACUCAUACCCGGAAUACAUAA